GGACCUCCCCGAGGAGCAUCCGCGGGAACCGUGGCUCAUGCGGGCCCGAGCGUCAUCCUCUCGGGGCCCUUCGGUUGCCAAGUGCCCCCUGCCCGCGUCGCCGGUGGUCUGCGGCAUGAUCCCAGUCGCCGUACCCGUGGGGGGCGGCGUGGUACCGCCAGUACUGAUGCCAGCGGCGAGCGCGGCAGUGCCGGUGGCGGCCUUGCCGGCAGCGCUGGCGGCGACGAUGCCCGCCGCGUUCGGGCCCGCCGCGGGGGCGGCGCCGCUUCCCGUGGCGGCACUGCCGGGCCCGUGGCCGGGGCAGGUGGCCGUGCCCGUGCCCUUUCCGGGGGUCCCGGUGGCGAUCAUGAGCUGCGGCAUGGGCCAGGCGGAGGGCGCGGAGUACGGGGAGGGGCCCGCCGCCCCGGCGCAGGAGCCUCACCAGAGAGGCCAGCCUGGUCCGACCUCGUUGUCCGCGCGCCCCUCCCGUGCAGCCCGAUUGACCACGGGCGGCUGGCCCGCAUCGUCCCAAGGCUGGUCGGCGCCGCGACCGGACCGUGCAGCGCAGCGCGCCCGCCGCCCGCGCGGUGGCGGCGUCGUGACCGCCCGGGCGCAGCCCUCCAGCCAGGGGCCCGCGUUCGGGCGGCUGCACAGGCUGCACCGCGACGCCCAGGACAGCGGCACCGUCAACGAGGACAGCCGCACGUUCACGAAGCAGUCCUACAACGGCCGCCUCUCGAUCAUCACGGAGGACCAGGUGCACUCGAGCGGAGUGUUGCGGUAUGCCAUCAAGUUUGCCAGCGGCGAGCUGAGUAGCGCUGACAGCGUGGGAUUCGUAUUUUCCGACAAGCUCCCGUGCCCGAGGAACAUCCAGAAGCUCGUCUCCAUCUUCGUCAACAGGACUGGGCGCAUCUGCAUGCGCGCCCUGUCGAACGUCGUGAGGUACGACAUUGGCGUCAAGCAGCUCGAGGUGGGGGACUGGGUAGAUCUGACUGUGGACCUGGAGGGCCGCAUCGCGGAGUUCACCGUGUGGGACACCGAGAACAAGUCUGCUUCAUCAGCGAGCUUCGCCUUCGGAACGGCUCUGCAGCAGAUGAUGCACGAGGUGCCCAACCUGCCGCAGGCAUCGUGCGGGUACGCCGCCUGCGUCGUGAAGAACGUGGGCGUCACCGUGGCCCUGGGGUCGUGACCGCCCUCUGGCCGUUGGGUGGCGGCUGGGGGGGGGUGGCGUGGAGGAUAGGAAUUGACAUGAAGAAUAGAUGGAGGAAGCAUGUGCAGGGGAAGGAAGGUCAGCGUGCCUCUCGAGCACGCGUUUCUAUCAGCGGCGCCUUCGAGUAUUCAGUGGGCAGUUGGUACUUUGGUGGCAUUGUGUGCAGUGGCGGUGCUUCAGACAUCUUCCUAACGUGCUCAGUCAGACAAGCACUUCGCACCGCUGCUGCGCACCCUGCCUGCGCUCAGCCUUCUGAGCUGUUGUUUCUAUCGAGUGGUAUUGGGACCGUGUUUUUUUGACUCUUUGUACAGGCAUUUGUCGAUGGUUGGCUAGUCGACCUCCUUGCUUGAGACAGCAAGUACUUUACGCACAACAGGGGGU